AUGAAAUCGGGAAAGAAUGUAACUGUAAGAGAUUUAAGUAUACUAGUGUGCCUCCCAAAGAUCCAUACUAAUACACCUAACAAAUUAUCGCAGAAAACAACUGAGCUCGUUAACCAGCACAUUGCAUCAUUCAAAGGACGAGCUAGUCACUACAGUUUGGCCGAUUCGAGGAAAACUUACUUACCUGAGGACUUGAACCUCAAAAAAAUGUUUGGAAUGUUCAAGCAGCUUCACCCAGAUUGUUCAACAAUAUCUUACGAAAGUUACCGUACUAUAUUCAAUGGCAACUUUAAUAUCUCAUUCGGUUACCCACGAACUGACACGUGUAGUACUUGUGACCAGUACUUAUCAAAAAUUAAAAGCCUGGAACAUGAACUGUCUAGUACAAAUGUUGCAGACGAACAGAAACGCUUAAAAACAACUACUGAGAUUCGUAAUUCAAAUACAGAAAAUAUGGUUCACAAGGCGAGAGCGCAAGAAUUUUACAACCGUAAGAAGAGGUCUAAAUUCGCCAGCCGUAAAGACAAAAGUCAGGAGUCCAUAUGCAUGGACUUUGGAAAAAAAUUUCCAUUGCCUAACAUUUCAACAAAUGAUGUUUAUUAUAAGCGCCAACUUUCGAUAUAUCUUUUUAAUAUACACACACUCUCUACAUCCGAAAGUGUGUUUUACGUAUACCCAGAAAGUAUUGGAAAAAAGGGCAGUGAUGAUAUCUGUUCUUUACUCUUCAACUUCCUCUAUAACCAACUGGAUCCACAGGUUAGGAAACUAGAAAUAUUUUGCGAUUCGUGCGGAGGGCAAAACAAGAACUACACCGUUUUCCGAUUUUUACAUCAUGUCAUUCAGUAUCAGAAACGUCUUGAUUACGUAAAAGUUACCUUUCCGAUCAGGCGACAUUCGUACAUGGAAAAUGACAAAAACAUGGGCCUUAUAAACACUAAGGCCAGAGUAGAGACACUUGAAGAAAUGUGUGAACUACUGCAAUCAUCUAGAUGCAAGCCGUCACCAUUCGUUGUCGUAAAAAUUAAUGAACAAAAUCAAACAAUUUUCCGCCAGUGGUCCCAGCAAUUAACUGCUCUUUAUCAAAAGAAAAAAUGCCCUUUCCCCACUCGGCCAAUAAGGGAACUGGAGAUUACAAAGGAACAUCCACGACUUAUGAGGUAUCGAUGCUCAUUCAAUGGAAUGUGGGAAACAGCUAUAUUAACGGAGAAGAAGCAGAGCAGAAGCGCGUGCAGCGACGUCUGAAUGGGAACGAAUUCAUAUUGCCUGAACCAAGUUACGAAGGGAUGCUGCCAAUAUCUGCCGAAAAAUAUGCUGACCUUCAGUGCCUAAAAAAGUUUUGUGGGCCCAUAGCGCAAGACUAUUUUGAAAAUAUUCCACACCGUCAAGCUAAAAAAUAAAUUCAAUUACAUUGUUCACAUUAAACAUUUCUUUAAAUAUACUUUGUAACAAAAUGUGUGAUAAUAUUAUUUAUGAAUUAACUUACCUGAUAAUCAGCAUAUAUAGACGAAAUUGGCCCGAUCUGCGAGUAAUAUUGUGGGGAAAACAAGCUAAGUCAGGGUUUCAUUAUCAUAUUUUCCAAAAAUUAGUGCGUUGGGGAUAUUUUUU